CCAACACUGGGCUCAAGGGCUGGGGCGUAAGACUUGAGCAGCAGGGCCACGGCGACGUCGGACACCAUGAGCUCGGCUCCCAGCCACCAGCAGCUGGACCACGUCUUCAGCGCGGUGGAGAGCGGGCUGGAAGUGGGCAGCGAGAAGGGGGAUGCCUUGGAGAGGGAGAUCAAGGUGGAGCUGGAGGAGAAGGAGCUGUGGACGAACUUCAAGGAGCUCACCAAUGAGAUGAUCGUCACCAAGACGGGCCGGAGAAUGUUUCCUGUGCUUAAAGUCAGCAUCUCAGGCCUGGACCCCAACUCCAUGUACUCGAUCCUGCUGGACUUUCUGGCUGCAGAUGGGAAUCGCUGGAAAUACGUCAAUGGAGAGUGGAUCCCGGGUGGGAAGCCGGAGCCCCAGAGCCCAAGUUGUGUCUACAUCCAUCCUCAAUCCCCCAACUUCGGGGCUCACUGGAUGAAAGCCGCCAUCACCUUCAGCAAAGUCAAACUCUCCAACAAGAUGAACGGAGGAGGGCAGAUCAUGCUGAACUCCCUCCAUAAGUACGAGCCCCGUGUCCACAUCGUGAAGGUUGGGAGGCCGCAGAAAAUGAUCAGCAGCUUUUCCUUCCCGGAAACUCAGUUUAUUGCCGUCACUGCUUACCAGAACGAGGAGAUCACCGCCUUGAAGAUUAAACACAAUCCCUUUGCCAAAGCCUUCCUGGAUGCCAAGGAGAGGUGCAACUCCAAAGAGGUUCUCGAAAGCAGCAGUGAAUCUCCCCAGGCUGCCUAUUCACAGAUUGGGGGCUGGUUCCUGCCAGGCACCAGCCCCUUCUGCUCCUCUCCUGUCCAGACUUCACUGUCAGGGGGUCCUGGCCUCUCACCCAGCCCCAGCUCGUACUGCGAGCAGUACUCCAGCCUACGGAGCCACAGACCUGCUCCCUACCCAAGUCCCUACAGCCAGAGGAAUGCCUCACCAACUAAUUAUGUGGAUAGCUCUGCUGGCCUCUCCAUGCUGCCUGCCCCUGACAGCUGGUCAGGACUGAGUCUUUCCAGCUCCACCGGGGUCUUACCCACCUCUGCCUCUACUACAAGCCAAUAUCCCAGCCUGUGGCCCCUCACCAGCAACUCCAUCAGUCCUGCUCCCCAGUCCAGCUCUAACCCCCCCUUCUUGAGAGGCUCUCCAGUCUCUUACAGCAGCUUGGCCCCUACUCUCCCAGCCCCCUCGCCCUCCCCAGUCUAUGACAACGUUCUUCUGUCAGAGAUGCCUGCAAGUGAUAGUCAGUACGACUCCACUAUUGCUCGCCUGGCAUCCACGUGGGCAACCAUCACUCAGAGUUACUGA